CACUGUAGAUACAAUUUGUAGCUUAAAAUAACAAACGACAAAUGAUCUCGAAUGAUUAGUAUCUACAUUACACGGGAUAAUGAGUUGAACACCUAGAACGUGCGUAUAUUGCUGAAGUAAUUUGUUUUUAUUUUUGUUCUAGUCGCCUAUGAAUUAUAUGAUCAAACAAAUAAUAAACCAACGAUUUUAUCACCAGCGUCUUCCAUUUCUGUGAUAACAAGGAUCCUAGUAGGAUUACUUGACCUGGGUAGAUUAUAUGAACUAGUUAUAUUACUACAAUAUCAUACGAAACAUUUGUAUUUGUUAAGCAAAUCUGUUGUUCCCCAAAUGAAUAACCGGUCUCUCAAUGACUACGAUUUAUUUCAGUCUUUAAUUCCAGUCAAUAAUGGUUUAUCGUCUCAUAGUAAACCGACAUCAUCAUUACAAUCUACGUUUUUAUCAUCUAGUCGUGGUACUAUGCCUCCACCUGUCGCACGUAAGCCAUCGCGGCUUUGUCAUUUAUCAUCGUUUCAAGCUUCAGAUUCUUCAUAUCAUCCUCCAUCCAAUAUUGAUCGUGUUCAUUUGAGNAUAACAACAAAUGAAAGGAAAAAAUCAGUAUCAACAGAUAAAAGAUUUGCAAAAGGUGUUGUUAUCGACGCAUUUCGGCUUGCUAGGGUACCUGGUAGAGAACAAAUGGUGAUAUUAUCUGAAGAUAUAUAUCGUAAACGUGAUUAUUAUGCAUUAAAAAUAUUGAAAAAAGGUGAUAUAUUAGCACGUAAUGAAGUUGAAAGUUUAAUAUCAGAAAAACGUAUAUUCGAAGUCAUUAAUUGUUCUCAUUAUCCAUUUUUAAUUAAUUUGUAUUCAUGUUUUCAAACAUGUGAUAUUUGUUAUGGAAUAUGCUUAUGGUGGCUUAGAAUUUUACAUCAAAAGAAGAUUGUGUAUAGAGAUUUAAAAUUGGAUAAUUUAUUAUUGGAUAAAGGUUAUCUUAAAAUUUCUGAUUUUGGCUUAUGUAACGAAGGUAUGGGCUACGGCGAAACAACAAGUACAUUUUGUGGCACACCUGAAGUAAUAGCAAUAAACAUUAUAUUGUGUAAUAAUGUUCUCGUCUAUGAAAUGCUGGUCGGUAAAUCUCUCUUUCCCGGCGAUGAUGAAGAAGAAAUAUUUGACAGUAUUGUUAAUGAUGAAGUGAAUUAUCCAAAAUUUUUAUCGAUUGAAGCAAUUACAAUUAUGAAAAGGUUAUUAAGAAAAAAUGUCUCUCAUCGACUUGGAGUGGGUGAAAACAGUGCUGAAGACGUCCACUAA